AUGGAAAGACGGUCCCGUAGAGGUACAGUAGAUGCAAAGAAGCCAGUCAUAGGUAUGAGGGGGGACCCCGGGGAUUAUGGGUUCAUGGAUGUGAAGUUAAUUCAGGUGUAA